AUGAUCUUAGCAUCACUUGCUCCCGGUGUGUCCUCAGCUCAGCUGCCGGCGGUGAUAGUGACAAAUGAGGGAGCGGGGCGCGUCCUGUCCCCCCGGGCGGGAUACGUGACUCGCGGCGCGUCACCCCCACGGCUGACUUUUUUUUGUGCCCCGUUAAACUAUUCCAUUGAGCGGGGACACAGUGACCGUGGUAGGCCUUCCGUCUCGCCCCCUCCCCCCUCUACCCCCCAGCCGCCUUCUUCC